GAAAGGAAACAGAAUAAACCCUGUAGCUUCUACACGUGUUUGUGGUGCUGUAAACGUAUAAGUAUUUUUGUGAUUUACAUCUUACUUUUCACUGUCGCUGAUAUUAUUUGUCAAAAUGCCGAAGGUUAAAGCCGAGAAGAAGUCUCGAACACACCAGGAGGUGAAGAGUCAAGGAAUUAUGUUUAAUACUGGUAUCGGUCAGCAUAUUUUGAAAAACCCUUUGGUUGUCAACGGCAUCAUAGAGAAGGCAGCGCUGCGACCAACAGACGUUGUUCUGGAAGUUGGUCCUGGAACAGGUAACAUGACUGUCAAACUUCUGGAGAAAGCCAAGAAAGUGGUUGCGUGUGAGUUGGACACCAGGCUUGUUGCUGAGCUUCAAAAAAGAGUCCAGUGCACUCCAAUGCAGAACAAACUUCAGAUCCUCAUCGGGGACGUCCUCAAAACAGAACUCCCCUUUUUUGAUGUCUGCGUGGCUAAUCUGCCUUAUCAGAUUUCAUCGCCUUUUGUGUUCAAGUUGUUACUCCACAGGCCAUUUUUUAGAUGUGCUGUGCUGAUGUUUCAGAGGGAGUUUGCAAUGCGCUUGGUGGCUAAACCAGGAGACAAGCUGUACUGCAGACUGUCCAUCAACACACAGUUGCUGGCCCGUGUGGACCAUCUCAUGAAGGUGGGAAAGAACAAUUUCAGACCACCUCCAAAAGUUGAGUCCAGUGUGGUGAGGAUAGAGCCCAAAAAUCCUCCUCCACCUGUCAACUUUCAGGAAUGGGAUGGUCUGGUCAGAAUUGCAUUUGUUCGAAAGAACAAAAUGCUCAGUGCUGCCUUCAAAUCUGCUGCAGUCGAGAAACUUUUAGAGAAGAACUACAAGAUUCACUGCUCCGUCCACAAUAUAGAAAUCCCUGAGGAUUUCAACAUUGCUCCGAAAAUUGAAAGCAUCCUUCAAGAGUCCAAGUUCAGUGAUAAGAGGGCACGUUCCAUGGAUAUAGAUGAUUUCAUGGUGCUUCUUCAUGCGUUCAACUCUGCUGGGAUACACUUCUCUUAAAAUUUAAGGAACGGGGAACGGCUACUAGCUUUACAGAAGUGAUGUCACGGUCUUCUCGUAUUCUGGUUGAUGCUUUCGUACAUGCGAAGAAAUGAUUGACAUUUCUUUUCAAUGGACAAGCAAUGGAACACUUAAUCACUCAGGCUGGGAUGUUUUGUGCCUUUCCUGUAUUGGGGAAAGAAUUAUGGACUUCUUUUGAGAGGUAAUACUUUAGAUGUACGAGUGUGUGGUAAGAGCUUUUACUCUAUAAGAUUGUCUUAACGGAUAAGACAAGUUUUUCAUUACCGUCAGUCUCAGCACUGAACAUCAUCGUGUGUUUACUUCUCAUUACUGAACUGUCAAGGUGAGAAAUGAUUGCUGUUAACACUUUACGGUAAGGUGCAGUUUUAAUUGCAUUAGUUAAUGUAAAGAAUUGCCAUGAACAAAUGGAUCAUUUGAUUGAUCAAAAAUAAUAAUAUUAACUACUAUUUACUCACCCUUAAGUCUUUCUAAAAUGUUUGAGUUCCUGCCUCUGUUGAACAUAAAAUAGAUAUUUUGAAGAAAGCUGAAAACCUUAUAUAGUAAUUGUUUUCUCUGCUAUAGAAGUCAACAGUUACAGGUUUUCAGCUUUCUUCAAAAUAUCUUCAUUGUGUUUAACAGAAGAAAGUAACUCAUAACUAAAGGUUUGAAACUGGUGAAGUAUGAUUAAAUGAUGACAAUUUUCUUUUGUGGGUGUACUAUCUCUUUAAAUACAAACAAUGAGCCGAACAUUUUGCAGCAUUUUUGCCUGGGUGGAUAUAAAUGGAUUGAUAGCAAAGCUUCAGUUCAUUUAUAGAACUUGGAGUGUCAAACAUGUAUUAGUGAAUCUAGAAAAAAUAACAUACUUUGAAUAUUAAAUGUGUAAGUAUUUAAAACAUACAUUUUAUUUGCAUUUUCGUACAGUUAUUGAAACUGUACUUUGUAUACUGUAAAUAUGAUUGCAAACUAUUGACCUAUUCUCUAAUUUGUUUAAGGCAUGUUUCUUUAAAAGGGUUUAGUUGUACAAGGUCAAUAAAUCUUAAAGUAAAUGUUUUGUUAACUUAUUAUUUAGAGUGUAAAAAAUACAAUCAAGAACAUGUUCUCCAAACUUCUGAAUACAAGUCUUUUGGCUUUUAAAGAAAGAAGAAAACUGCUUUGUUCAUUUGUGUACGACUUGUGUCUAGUGCUUCUAAUUUGAUUCACUUUGAAUUGUUUUCAUGCUCCGAAAGUAAAACAACCUUUUUUUGGAA